ACCAUGGAUGAGGUAAUUUGUCGUUUUUGCCUGUGUAAAAUCGAAGAAAAUCCCAAAUUUUUACAGAAAAAUGAGGAUUUCAGUCAAAAAGUUGAAGAAAUCUUCUUUCAAAUUGGAUUUACGGUACCCGAAGACGAAGCAGUCCCAAUUUGCUCCUAUUGUUAUGAUUAUAUCUCCAAAUUUGCCAUUUAUUAUGAGUUUGUGAAGCAAAAUCUGUUGAAAUUCGUCGACACAAGUACAAAAACUACAAAAAUCGAUGGAAACGAAGCAGGAUAUGAACGAAUUGCAGAAGAAACAGUAACAUCAAUCGUUUGUGAGCACUGUAAUGUAUUUCCCAACAAAAAUGAACGAGUUUUCAAAUAUCAUGUCAAUAGAUGUGCUCUUCAGAAGUUGAGAUCAACUGCUGCAAUUACAGAAACGCCAAAAGUCGAAGAGAAGGAGGUAUUUUUAGAAGAGUAUAAAAUACAAGAACCCGUUCAAAAUCCCAUUUCCGAUGAAGAAUCAGACACUUGUGAGCAUAAAAAUGACUUUCCCAACAAAAGAGUGUUCAAAGCUCACAUAAAAAAAUGUUUGAAAAAAUCUUUUCGACGAAUCCCAUCAAUUAACGAACUAAAAACUGCUUGCCCGUUGUGUCCGACGAUGCUUUUGAAUGAAAAAGUGCUGAAAUUACAUCUUGCACAACACCACAGAUACGAAGCUUACUCGAAAAAUCGCGUAUUAGACAAUAAACCUGCCUUACUUUCGUGUCUGAAAUGCGAAAGACGCUUCGCAAGUGAAUCAGGAUAUAAUUCUCACGUGAAAAAUCACGACAACAACGCUUUUAUGACAUGUGAAUUGUGCGGAAAAACGAUUAUUGCUGCAAAUCUUAGCUCACAUCUGCAAACGCACUUCAAGCAAUACGUUUGUGAGUACUGUUCUCUGGCCAACAAGAGCAAACAUGAUCUCGAGAAACACAUAAAACGGAAACACACGAAUCAGGAGUUCUAUGAAUGUGCCUUUUGCAAGUACAAAACUAAGAGAAUCUGUUUUUUGGAGAAACACGUGCAGCAUUGUAAAGGUCCAAACACAGUUCCGCCAUGCCCGCAUUGUGAAAUGCAAUUUAAGACACAAAAUGAUCGACUGCAUCACUUGAGGGUCAUGCACAGAGGCUUUUCAUGUAGGAUGUGUGCAGUUACAUUGGAAAAUGUGUCGCAAUACAAUCGACAUUUAGCAACUAAGGAGCAUCAACAACGCAGUUUGGCGAAAAAAUUGCAGCGAAAAUGGAAAAAAGACAUCGAACCAAUUGAAAUUAUUGAAUAAAGUUGAUUUGAAAUGGCUGGAAAUCGAUUUAAGCAGCUUUAUUGAGGAAAUUACAUCGAUAAAUACACUUUUUAUCACAAAAAUACUUUUACAACUAAUAAGAAAUGAUUUUUUUUUUAUCAAAAUCUACUUUUUUAUAACGCUUUUGCACAAAUAUGUUGGAAAUUCGCCGAUAUACCGAUAUUCCAUCCGUAUUCGGGAU